UUUCACGCGCAACGCAAGUCCGUCAACGCGCAUCGCCGUGCUUCUUCGGCAUCUUGAUAUCUCCGCGGAAACGUUUGAUCAGCCGUGAUAGACGAACGAAAAAAGAUUCGUAAUUGAAAGACUCCUCGAUACCGACGAACUAUCGACAGUAACACGAACUAUUAUACAAUUCGAGGGGUGAAACGAACAAAUUCGUCUACUGGGAUGUCGAACGCGGACAAACCGUAAGCAAUCACGAGGUAUCUUGCGUCUAAACAGGCCCGCUAGGAAGAUUCCUACGAAUUUUUCUGCGGACGUCGAAUGUAGAACUCCGAGGAUAAAACCGAAGACUGUGGCAAAAUACCUUGCGUCCGAACUUUUCGCGCGAAAGAGGAUCGGACGAAGCUCGAUACCGUUUAAAUUGGCUUUUCGUGGAAUUUCGGGAAAACAAGUCGCUUUCCCAGAAGAAAUGCGGUAACGGAAACCGAGGAUAACGUUGGACGUGAGAUACAACAGGUGCCUGGGCACGAUGCCAGUCAAAGGAUUACUGUCGAUAUGCCUGUUGAUGUGGACGAUCGCGUCGAGCCGCGGGGUCGACGUAAAUUGUUGCCCGGAUGGUUCCAUAUGGUUGCAGACGAUCCGAUGCUCCGACGGAAAGAAAAUCCAACUGGACUGCCACCACGGCAGCUUCCUGAUCGACCCGGAAGAAUUCGCGCACGACAACUUCACCGUGGUCCACGAGUACGGCGAUGCUUGGCUUCAAUUCGAGGAACAGAACUACGAAAGAAUCCCGUCGGACAUGUUUUGCGUGGCGCAACGUGAAAACAGCAGCUCCAAGAUCGCCGUGGCGUGCUUCGAGAGCGAAUUCCACCUUGCCGCGGUGGGAUGGAAGAGAAUACUCUACUGCAUCCUCUCGAUUAUAUCGGCUAUAUUUUUAAUCGCCACCCUGGCGGUGUACGUGCUGCUACCGGAAUUAAGAGAAAUCCAGGACAAAGCGAUGAUGGCCGUGGUGACGUCGUUAGCGGUCAGCUACAUCGUCCUUUCGAUACAGAAUCUGAAGCCCCAGGAAGAUGGUGACUACGAGAUAUGUAUCGCUUUAGGAUUCCUUCUGUACUUCGGUUUCCUAUCGGUGUUCUUCUGGCUGAACAUCGUGUCCUUCAACAUAUGGCGGGCGGUCUGGUUUAAGAAUUUCAAAAUCAAGGAGAGAUCACUGUUUAUUGUCUAUUGUUUAGUUGGAUGGGGUGGACCGAUAUGCUUCUUGUUAGCGACUCUAGCCGCUCAUCACAUGCUCGGGGAGCACCUGAAGCCUGGUUUCGGGGUGCAAAGUUGCUGGUUCAGCGGCUCCGCGCAAUUGUGGGUGUACUUUUAUGGACCGAUCGCUAUAUUACUGGCGCUGAAUAUCGUCUAUCUGGGAUUGACCAGUUGGCGCCUGUGGCAUCAGUAUCGCGAGUACAAUGGGAGUAGAUUGCGUGCGUUGCGAUUCAAAUGCCUCCUGUACGUAAAGUUGAUAUUCGUCAUGGGUAUCACUUGGAUAUUCGAAGUGAUAUCGCACGUUGCGGGCUCCGAAAACGAAGUAUGGAUUCCAACGGACAUUCUCAACUCGUUGCAAGGUUUCAUAAUAUUCCUCCUGCUGGUUGUCACGCGAAAACGCGUGAGGAAGCUGCUGGCGAAGAAGGAACCCUGCGGGAUCGCCUUUCCAAAAUCUUGGACGGCCUACGAGGACGAGGAGUGCGAAGAGGAGGUGCUUCCAGAGGAGAUAGAGCUGUCGCAACAAGGCUAGGCCUUUGUUGCUUCCAACUAAACGAGCAGACGCUUCCGAAGUUCUUUCAAAUUUCUAACAUCGACACGUUUGAUCGAAAGGCGUUCGCGAUCAACAACGAAUGCAACGAACUACUCUCGUUUAAUUGCGGUAGUCGUAAAAGUAGCGCAACAUCGCCGUUAGAAUUAACCGAAUACUCUUACCGUUUGCCUAGUCUUUACAAGCAUAAGUCGAAAGCAUCGAGCCUCCUCGCGCUAUGAGAGCAAGUUCGUUCAUAGUCUCGACCCUAUUACUUAAUAUUAACGUCUCAGAAUCUCCAUGAACUAGCGAUAACGAACCGAGUACCAUCGCCGCUUGUACGUCGAUCCGCGGAAUUAGCUAGAAUUUAUUACGUAGCGUGAGUCGGCGACGAUUCAUCGCGUUAAUUCCACGUUAAUCGUCCCCCCCCCCCCUCUCUCUCUCUCUCUCGACAAAGUUACGACGAUUCGCCUUAAAUCACGACACCGCUGUGACGUGUUUCAGCCAUAAACACGAAGAGUGGGUGCAGUCGACGAACGACGUAGAGCGUCAUUGAAAGUCCCGCGCGUGUAAUUUUUCCUUAAAAGGGACCAUUAAUCGAAAGAGAGGGGAAUACAAACUGUGUCAAGCCUUUGCGCCCUAAGGAGUUGGUAAUAAACUUCGAGGAGUUCGUUUGUAAAAUUGUUCAGAAUUUCUUAAAUUAUACGGCUUCUUUCAAACUUUCAAAUACAUAGAAA